AUGCCGGCCACAUGACCUUGGAGGUGUCUACGGACAACGCCGGCUCUUCGGCUUAGAAAUGGAGAUGAGCACCAACCCCCAGAGUCGGUCACGACUGGACUUAACAUCAGGGGAAAACCCAUACCUUUACCUACAAUAUAUUAUAUUAUUGAAACUGAUAUAAACAUAUUAUAUUAUAUUAUAAAACUGAGGGUGGGGGCCAGGUAAAGGACCUUGGAGGGCCGCAUCCGGCCCCCGGGCCUUAGUUUGGGGACCCCUGCCAUAUAUACUUGAGUAUAAGCCGACCUGAAUAUAAACCCUCACCUGAGUAUAAACCAAGGAGGGGUUUUUUUCAGUCCUAAAAAAGGGCUGAAAAACUAGGCUUAUACUCGAGUGGGAUAUAAAUGCAGUCAAUGUAAUAAAUAGCAUUGAGCCAAAGCAGGUCAAAACCGCAUCAAUUCCACAGCGGAGACGUGUCCUUGGGAGAGAUAAGCCAAAGUGGAGGCGUGAAGAUGCUGAUUCAUUUAUGGCCUCCUUCCCAACUUGCUCAAUGCUUUCCCAAAUGAGUGGCCUUCUCUUUUUAUGGCUUUUUGGGGCCAUGGAAAUCGCAGUGUUUGCAAAGGGCGUCCGUCCGCACGUCAAGGAUGCAGAGGGGCCGGGGAAAGGCCUUCAAAAGUCCUUAAAACCCACCCGUCCCGUUGAUUCCACCCCAGAAGGCUCUCCAGAACAUCCAAAGUUGGUUCGCCAUGAAGGUCCUCACCAUGGCUCUGGCUUUGGCCAUUUUCACAGGAUGCCAGGCUUCCGUCCUCCGGAACGAGGCCAACCCCAAACUGGAAAAGUUGAAAGACGACUUGCAGGAAUACCUGAGAAACAUGACCCAAGCCGUGAAUGUCCAGAUAGACUACAUCCGAAGGCUGGAGCUCACCCAGUCGCUGGUAGACCAGCUUCAUGGAGUGAAGCAGCGGGUGAUCGACCUGAAGAAGGAGCUUCCAGCGGAGGUCUUUCAGGCCUACAAGCAGGUGGUCGGGGUCUCCAUGGAGGUGGUCAAGAAGGGCCUGGACUCCCUCCGCGGCUUAAAGGACAAGGUGACCCCCGCCACCAAUGAGCUGGCCACGUCCUUUUACGACACCGUGCUCCCUUUCACCAACUCGGUGGCCCGGACGGUGGACGCCUACACCAACGCCAUGCGCCGGACGGUGGCCGAAGCCGCCGACCAACUGAAGAGGCCCAAACUGGUCGAGAAGCUGGGACGGCAACUGGGAGAGCUGAGGAACCAGUUGGCGCCUCAUGCCGAAGGGCUGCGGGACAAACUGGAGGCCUUGAAGGCUUCCUGGGCGCCGUAUGAGAAGUUCAAGGAAGGGAUGGAGAAGAUCAAGCAGACCUUCCAGCCCUUGGUGGACUCCGUUCUCCAAGCCGUCAGGAAAUACAUGGAGAAGUUUAAGGAAUGGGCACAAGAGCCUUCCGAGGGUCCCCAAGAGCAAUGAUUUAUUGGAAGCAGAGGGAAAGAAGGUCACCUUGGCUGAAAAAAGGGGUGCAAAUACAAACCGGGGGGCCAGUCUUUGUACUUUCCUGAACUUUUAGAAAUGUAGAACUUUAGAAGCUUCCUCAUGAGGAAAAGUGGUUAUGUUACACUCUCCUUAUUUGAUCCAAAUAAUAACAAUAAUAAAAA